AUGUCGCCACAAGAAUCACAAGAGCUCAUUCUUCGACAUGUCUUGCACGACGGAAACGCGCCUUCCGAAAAGGUUCUGAGAGAAUGCGGCGAAGUGGCGAUGAAACUCGAUUAUCUGUCUCUUGCCAUUGAUCUGGCUGGGGCGUACAUUGGAAAUAGCCCAGAUCCGGAGCAGGCCUUGAACCGGUAUCUGACAGACUACGAUAUGCGUCGCGAUGAAUUACUUCGAAUGAAUGAUUUAAAGGGACUACUACCAACCGAGAAGACGGCUUGGACAGUAUGGGAUGCUACUAUUCAAGAGAUCACGGAAGAGAACGGACAGCAGCCUGAUCUACUCUUGACGUCUCUUGCGCAAUUUAGGGGAGCCAUCAUUCAAGAUGAGAUAUUUCGCCUCGCCGCCCUCGGCAUCGCAAGUAUCAACAGGAACCUCACCAACGAGAUACCUGCUGAGAUUCGGCAAGUCUUCAUGGCAGAAGAAGGCAAAUGGAGCGACUUUUAUUACCAGACGAGCCGCGAUGUGCUGGCUCGCCAUAAUCUGCUCCAGCGCGUGUCCAGUGACGGGGCUUGUGUCACGAUGCAUAACCUGGUUCGGUGGCGGGCAAAGCGAAGCGGGCACAUAUACAGUUUAGGUCAGAGGCAAGAGCAGCAAUGGCACUGGUGGUACUUAGUGGUCUUAGUGGCCGCAUAG